AUUCUGGCAUUACGAUACUGUAUUAAGAAUUGAAUAGUGUACAUUCUCAAAUAGAAGCAGUGAGUGUAGGUUUAUAAUGGAAGGAGGUGGAGUACUUACAGCAGAACGCAGUCCAGCACGUGCAAAUCUGCAUGUGGCUUUCAGUGAAAAAGGAGAGGUAAAGGAGCGCAGGGAGAAAUUUCUGACAGCCAAGUAUGGAUCUCAUCAGAUGUCCCUUAUUCGUAAAAGACUUGCUGUGGAAAUGUGGUUGUUUAAUGAGCUAGAGAAAUUAUAUGAAUCAGUUGAUGAAAGUGGUAAAAAUCCAGAAGUUGAAAUUGAUAUAGAUGAACUUCUUGACAUGGAUAGUGAUGAUCACAGACGAAGAUUUUUGCAAGAAUUACUAGUUGACACAAAGAAACCACCACAUGAUAUAAAUAAAUUCAUUAACGAUUUACUUGAAAAAGCUAAAACACUUUGAAGAACUUUCGUGUUCUUCUUAACACUUAUGUGUUUGCAAGGACUUUUUUGAAGCAUUAACAAAUUUGCUCAGAUUUGGAACGAGUCAAAGACAUAUUCAAGCCUUAACGAGUUGCAUACAACGCGACUCAAAUGCCAAUUUAUCAUUAUACUUGGAUCGAACUUAAUGGGGAAAGAAAAAGAAAAGAUAAAAUCCAUCAAAUGACUCUGCACAUUUUUAUUCUAGCGUAUAUUAUUUCAUAUUGAAAUCGUAAGCAUUAGUAUCUGACUUAUCUCAGUACAACGGCUAACUUUGUUAGUUAUUUAUGUGCGCAUCGCAUAUCAAGUAAUAAACCUCACAGUACACGGAACUGCCUUGCUGUACGAUCCAUCCAGUGUGAUGUAUAGUAGAAAACGUUUGUUCUUCUACACUCUAGUUUUGUAUGCAUUCUAUACUCCAUUGUUCGUAGUUAAUAUUUAUGUUAUUAAGGAUGAUUAACUAACUAAAUACUU